UGGUAUGGUGUGGCUUUGUUUUGCAUCCGCACGGGGAGAGUGAUGGAGGAAGCAUCAGUAACGCAGCGCGGCGUGUCUUCCCGAACCGAGAGAAAGGCACAGGAGAGAGCCCAGAUCCUGCAGCGGGAGAACCAGAGGAAGACUUUCAAACUGGUGUCGAAGAUCCUGAAGAAGUCCGAGCUCGAGCGCACGCCGGAGGACGCGGCUGUCCUGCAGCUGCACGAGGACACUGUGAGCGAGCUCUGCAAGCGACAGAUCCGCCAGAACUCGCUGAAGAGGAAACAGGAGGAGGUGUUUGACAGUGCAGAGGACCUGCAGGAUAAAGUGCAGCGUCUGGCGGCAGCUGUCCGUCAGGCCAGGCAUCUAGUGGUGUACACCGGAGCCGGCAUCAGCACGGCGGCCUCCAUCCCAGACUACAGGGGCCCGCAGGGCGUGUGGACCCAGCUGCAGAAGGGCCGAGCCGUCAGUGCUUCGGACCUGAGUGAGGCGGAGCCUACGCUGACGCACAUGUGCAUCCGGGCGCUGCAGAGGGAGGAGCUGGUGCAGCACGUGGUCUCUCAGAACUGUGAUGGUCUGCACCUGCGCAGUGGGCUUCCCAGACACGCCCUGUCAGAGCUGCACGGCAACAUGUUCAUCGAGGUGUGCGCCUCCUGCUCCCCGGCGCGGGAGUUCGUCCGGCUCUUCGACGUGACGGAGCGGACGGCGGUGCGGAGGCACGGGACGGGGCGGGGCUGCGGGCACUGCGGGGCGGAGCUGAGGGACACCAUCGUGCAUUUCGGGGAGCGGGGCACCCUGGACCAGCCCCUCAACUGGAGGGGGGCGGCGGCCGCGGCCGAGAGGGCCGACCUCAUCCUCUGCCUGGGGUCCAGCCUAAAGGUGCUGAAGAAGUACACCUGUCUGUGGAGCAUGAGCCGGCCUGCGAGCAGAAGGCCCAAGCUCUACAUCGUCAACUUACAGUGGACUCCGAAAGAUGACCUGGCAACCCUGAAAAUCCACGGAAAGUGUGAUGAUGUAAUGCGUCUUCUGAUGAAGGAGCUGGACAUCCCCAUUCCUGCCUACCACAAGACAGAAGACCCUAUCUUUAGCCUGGCCACACCACUGCGACCAGACGAAGAGUCCAGCCACACCCGCAAAGUCCUAGCGCCGCCUGCUGGCCAGGAGGAAUGUGUGCAGGGCUCCACGGGACAGGCUGGAGGCACGGCGGUUCAGGGAGGCUGGUUUGGGCGUGGCUACUCCAAGGGGAGGAAGAGGAAGAAGCAGCCAUCAACCUAAAAAUCACCAGCCGGAUUUUUAAAAAAAAGACACCUAUCGAUGAAAGUAUUACCCCAGUCCUGCUGUGUCAUGGAUGGACUUCCCUCUUUUAGCUUGUUAGCUGUGUGGAGGGUAUAGAUUAUUUUUUUUGUGCACACUUUACUUUGUCCUCAGGUAAUGAGCUGAAGCAAUACUUAACCUGCGGGAGAGCGACAGGCAUUCUGGCCGUGGUGGCAAGUGUUAGUCUAGACCAGAGGUGGCCAGUUCUGUGCCAGUCGUCGAGCUAACUGGCUGUACACACCAACACUGGGUCACACGCAGAUUACAUCACAAUGGACUAAACGAGCUAACUGGCUGUACACACCAACACUGGGUCACAUGCAGAUUACAUCACAAUGGACUAAACGAGCUAACUGGCUGUACACACCAACACUGGGUCACGUGCAGAUUACAUACAAUGAAACAUUUCACACAGGGACACAGGAACAGUGUUCAGCUGACAUUUGUGGGCUUCUCGAGAAAUCUAGCUAAAAUGUCAGGUGGUGUAAACGUUUGGCCUAAUUAAGUAAUUAGGGCCAGAAGUUGGCAUGGAAACCAGAAAGAGAUACGGCCCUUGCUGUUCACCCUUGGUCUGGAGAAAUGGCAGCGUCAGCUGUGAUCGUGUUUACAUAACUUUUAUUUUUAUUUUGAAAUUGUUCCUUUUUCAACAGGAAUGCUAAAAAGAAAGGGUUUUGCGAGCGAGGAAAAAAAAUCCUUUUGGUCUUAUUCUUAAAAUCAGGGGUCCCCGGUCCGUUCUGAAAAAGGCCGGUGUGGGUGUAUUUGUUUUAGUCCAGCAAUGUGGCGCCUGAUUCAGCUAAUGAACUAAACGCUGUCUUCAAUCAAGACCUUGAUAAGUGCCAUCAGGUGUCCUAGUGCCGGGCUAAAACAAAAAUCUGUACCCACACCGGCCCAUGUUGGAUACGAGUAGGGACCCCUGCUUAAAGUGUUACAUGAUGUUUUUCAAAACCUAAAAAGAAAACCAGCUCAGCCUCAUUUAAAAAAAAAAAAAACCACAAAUAAGCUGUAAUGCCAGUUUUUCUUCUGGGAAGAUUUAUUUUCAGAAACGUGGGCAGAUGUAAAGACAGCUGAGGGUUAUGAUGCCCGUGGUACAUGUGUAAUGCACUGGGAUGGCAGGCCCAGGUCAGAUGUGUAGCUGGAACUACAGACACCGGGAAAUCUCCUGCAGAUUCCUUUAAAUCGUAAAAUGCCUAUCUGUUUUCCACCGCUACGCAGGACACUAGUUUCAUUUGAGUCCACACUCUUUGGAAUGUAGCAUGCUUUGAGAAUUCUCAGGGAAUUGCAAGAGCGUGUUCGUAUUUGACUGCAGUGUGAUAAGUUAAAAAGGGGGGGUGGGGAGGUCCUCAACACCCGUCCUGCAGAGCUGUAGGUCUGCUUGGUCCCCCCCCCCCACCUUUUCACCUUAAAAAACCUGAAACUUAACUCAGCACCUAGAAACCAGGUGAGUUUGAGUUAGUUGUGCCAUCACCUGCUUUAAUUGAUGUAAUAAUACCGGAGGCACACCUGUGGCUCUCCUCACCUGUGGCUCUCCGGGACCUGGGGUGAGGAGCCUCGAGGUGAAGCACAGGUGUCUGAGGCAGACGUUACAGGGCAGUACUGUCUCCUGGGUGGAAGCCAUACUGGAAGGUGUCCUGGCCUGGGCUGGGGGUGCCCACGGUUUACAGCCUCCCCGAGGCCUAGUGCAGCUCCUGCAUUCUGAUGCUUUACAUUUUUUUGGCGGUUUUGCAGUUUGUAUGAGUUUUUGUACAACUCCGCGAUGUUUAUAAUUCCGAUCUUUUUCUGUUUUGAUUUGAAGCGCUGUGAGAAGCACAAUGACACCCCCCCACACCCCAAACUCAGUGUUCAAACACAAUAAAUAAAUGCUUCAGACAUCAA